CCGGAUGGGAGCACCAUGGAGACCCUGUCACAGGAUCCCUGCUGGAGUGCAAGAUCCUGCUUCAACUACUACAGCCCCCGGCGGAGGCCCAAACUGCUGGAUUGCAAGCACACCUGCUGCUCUGUGUGCCUCCAGCAGAUGAGGACCAGCCAGAAGGAUGUGCGCUGCCCCAUGGUGCCGGGGCAUCACAAGCUGCCCCCGGGCUUCUCUGUGUCACAGCUCCCCGAUGACCCCGAGUCCCUGGCCCUCAUCGCCAUCCCACAUGCCUCUGAGCACACCCCGGUCUUCAUCAAACUUCCCAGCAACGGUUGCUACAUGUUGCCCCGCUCGCCUAUCUCCAAGGAACGCGCGCUUCUGCCCGGGGACCUGGGCUGUCGCCUGCUGCCUGGGAGCCAGCAGAAGGCGGUGACCGUGGUAGACCAUCCCCCGCGAGAGCAGCAGCCUCUGCAAAGUGGGGCACCCCCAGAGGCGGUGGCUGAGGAGCCUGAGCGGCGUGGUGGGGUGGUGAAGAGCUCCACAUGGUCAGGCGUAUGCACCGUCAUCCUGGUGGCCUGCGUGCUGGUCUUCCUCCUGGGCAUCGUGCUCCACAACAUGUCUUGCAUCUCCAAGCGUUUCACUGUGAUCUCCUGUGGGCUGAGGCCCGCUGCAGGAGUGUCUCCUGUGGGUGCCAAGUAAGGGCUGAGCAGGUGUUGGUGAGAAAUGGGGGCGAAAGCUGAUCAUUGGGCACUGCCUGUGGGCUGCCACUUGAAUUCAACCACAGACACGGGG